AUGAGUAGUAAUUAUCAAUUUCCACCAUCGUCGCCGUUGAUGAGUGGCAGUGGCGGCUACGACGAGGAGCACGAUCCGUUUGCGAUCGGGAGCAAAGGUGAAAAGGGCAUGGUAGACAGGGGUAGAGUGAACUAUCCUACGCCUAAUCCAUCGUCUAGUGUGGGUCGGUCUUCGUCAUUAGGCAGAGGAGAUGAGGAUGAGGUCAAUUUGUCAGUGAAGCCCAAAAAGUCAGUUUCGUUCAACUUGGUACUGUCAACACCAGCAAAACAACGUAAAGAAAAUACUUUUGGGCAACAGAAGCCACAGAAGGUUAAAAUAAACAGGGAUUUCAAUAUAUUGGAUCCUGAUGCCAAGGUUUUAAGAGUGCCAUUACUUACCAACAAGACUUCGUUGUUGAUUGGGAGAUCUUCGAAAGCGUGUGAUUUUUAUCUCAAUGCUAAGGAUAAGACAAUUUCGAGAACCCACAUAUCUAUUUCAUACGACCAGCACACGAACCAGAUGAACUUGCACUGUUUGGGUUAUAACGGGUUUGCCAUGAGAAUCCCAAAGCCAUGCGUAGUUUAUGGCACCAAUAACAAAAAUGAUUACAUAUUGAUGGAGAACAAGAGUGCACCAUUAUCUGUCGAUGGUCUUGAACGUUUAGGACUCACCGUUACCCCACGUACGAUAACGUUGGAAUCGAAUCAUACCGAGUUUGUGGUCAACAGAAACGAGUCGGUCACUUUACCAAAAUUGAAUAACGUUCUCAUUGAAAUCCGCAAUAACUUAAUAUUGUUGAAUCCGGUUGAAGAUGAGGAAGACUUAACUGAUGACGAGACCCCUGUCUUAAUUAAUAAAACUAAACCUGCUGAAACAAUGGUUGACAGUAGUCCAACAAUCGUCAAGCCUGUUUACCAUACCCCGGAUCACGUUAACCUACAAUCAUUGCCCCAUACUCCGUCAAAGACGGAAUUUAAAUGUACCUCAGAAGAGUCGACUCCAAUUUCAUAUAUCAAACGUAACUUUUCAGAUUCCUCAAUCAAAAAGGCAUUAGGAUUCAAGCCCUUUGAAAUACAUCAAGAUCAAAAGCCACAAGUUUCAAAUGAUGAUUCUUCAAACAAUGUCGAUAUGUUUAUAAAAGAAUCGACGCCUACAACAGGGGAGGUGGUACAAAUGCCAACAACACCAUUAGGUGAUAAAUCAAAUACUUUCAGUAAACCUAAUACCCCAAAGAGAAGGGCACAUUCUGAAGAACCCCAAAAGCCAAUGAAAAAGAAGAAGAAAUCGCAACAGCCACAAAAAGUUGAGAUUGACCAAUCUUGUAUUGAAGGUAUUCAAAAUAUUCCAGAAAUUAACAAUAUAUUAGUCAACCAUCUUGCAUUCUCUAGGUUAUCUUCGACUCCUGCAUCCUUUUUAAAUACUAUAAGUGCGAUUACCUCCGAACUAUCAUUGAAACAGCUCAGAGUUAUUUUACACAAUGUCAAAUCGAUUGGUAUCAUUUAUAGAGAAGGCAAAGAUGCUGCUGGUAAACCAUUAGAAGAGGAAUAUUAUUAUAUGCCUGAAAAUGAUGAUGAUACUGAGAGACCUAAGUUAGUCUCCAGUAUCAAAGGACAUGGUGGCUUAAGAUCAUGUAGAAGAACUCAUAAGCAAUAUUAUUGGAAAAAGCCAGCCCCAAUCAAAAAGUAA